AUGUGGAAAAUGUUUUACCCGUCAAUCAACUUUUAUUCAGCAUCAGAGAACUCACACUGGGCAGGGGAGAAGCCAUUUAGAUGUCCAGAAUGUGGGAAGUAUUUUGGUAAUAAAGGAAUUCUUAUACAACAUCAAAAAAGUCACACAGGGGAGAAGCCAUUUUCAUGUUCACAGUGUGAAAAAUGUUUUAGUCAGAAAGCAAAUUUUGUGCUCCAUCUAAGAAAUCACUUAGGGGAGAAGCUAUUUUCAUGCUUAGAAUGUGGGAAGUGUUUUAGUCAGAAAUCGAACCUUUAUGCACAUCAGAGAACUCACACUGGGGAGAAGCCAUUUCCAUGUCCUGAAUGUGGGAAGUGUUUUAGUCAGAAAUCAGCUCUUGUGGGCCAUCUAAGAAUCCACUCAGGGGAGAAGCCAUUUUCAUGUUUAGAAUGUGGGAAAUGUUUUACUAGUCAGACAAAUUGUAUUCGGCAUCAGAGAACUCACACUGGGGAGAAGCCAUUUCCAUGUCCUGAAUGUGGGAAGUGUUUUAAUAAUAAAUCACAUCUUGUUACACAUCAGAGAACUCACACAGGGGAGAAGCCAUUUAGAUGUCCAGAAUGUGGGAAGUAUUUUGGUGAUAAAACAGUUCUUAGACGACAUCUUAGAAGUCACACAGGGGAGAAUCCAUUUUUAUGUUCAGAAUGUGGGAAGAGUUUUAGUACAAAAUUGUGUCUUGUUAGACAUCAGAAAACUCACACAGGUGAGAAGCCAUUUUCAUGUUCAGAAUGUGGGAAAUGUUUUACCCGUCAAUCAACUUUUAAUCAGCAUCAGAGAACUCACACUGGGGUAAAGCCAUUUCCAUGUCCUGAAUGUGGGAAGUGUUUUAAUAAUAAAUCACAUCUUGUUACACAUCAGAGAACUCACACAGGGGAGAAGCCAUUUAGAUGUCCAGAAUGUGGGAAUUAUUUUGGUGAUAAAUCAGUUCUUAGACGACAUCUUAGAAGUCACACAGGGGAGAAUCCAUUUUCAUGUUCAGAAUGUGGGAAGAGUUUUAGUACAAAAUUGUGUCUUGUUAGACAUCAGAAAACUCACACAGGUGAGAAGCCAUUUUCAUGUUCAAAAUGUGGGAAAUCUUUUAGUCAGAAAUCAAGUCUUUCUAGACAUGAGAGAGCUCACUCAGAGGAGAAGCCAUUGUGAGAGUAAUGUGGUCAAUGCUAAUGUGGUCAAUUAAGUGUCCUUAAUUUGGGAAGUGUUUUGGUGUGAAAUCAAUGCUUGUAGAACAUCAAAGAAUUCACACAGGAGAUAAGACAUUUAUGUGUACUGAAUGAUUUUUUUUUUUGUUCAAUCAGUUUUUAUUGGUUUAUCCAAGCAGAUAAGCAAUAAUAAUUACCAAGAGGUAAUUGUGAAAAACACAUGUAAUAUGUAAUAUAUCAAAAGAUACAAGACACUAGUCAUGUCGAUUAGUAUCCUACUUAUGAAACGUUUGAAAAUAUAAUUAUAGUAAGGGGAACUAAAAAAAAAAAAUAUAACGAAAAUAUAACAGUAAGAAAACAAGAAGAAGAACAGAAGGGGAGACAGGACAGAGACACUAGGCAAGGAACAAGGAUACUGGGAGAAUACAUGGAGACAAGAUAUACCAUAUCCAGGCUGAUAACAUCUAGAGAACUUAAAGGUUCAGCAAAGAGAGCCGUCUCUCAACCAAGCCGAGAAGCGCGGGGAGGAUCGGAACUGGAGCCAAGACUCCUCCCAAGUUACUGUAUAGACCGGGCCAGAUAAACUUGAGUCAGCACUUAACUCCUCUAGGCGUGCCAGGGCAUCCAGAGAAGUUGCCCAAGUAAUCCUCUGCAGACUCUGCCUCAUGGCAUGAAUGUGGUAUUUUAGUGUGAAAUCAGUGCUUAUACAACAUCUUAGAAGUCACACAGGGGAGAAGCCAUUUUCAUGUUCACAGUGUAAAAAAUGUUUUAGUCAGAAAACACAAGUUGUGAUUUAAGAACUCAUUUAGGGGAGAAGCCAUUUUCAUGCUUAGAAUGUGGGAAAUGUUUUAUUCUGAAAUCAUAUCUUGUUACACAUCAGAGAAGUCAUACAGGGGAGAAGCCAUUUACGUGUCCGGAAUGUGAGAAGUGUUUCAGUGUGAAAUCGCAACUUGUUACACAUCAGCGAGUCCACACAGUGGAGAAGCCAUUUUCCUGCUCAAAAUGCGGUAAAUGUUUUAGUCUGAAAUCACAUCUUGCUGCACAUCAGAGAAUUCACACAGGGGAGAAGUCGUUUAUGUGUUCUAAAUGUGGGAAGUGUUUUGGUCUGAAGACAUUGCUUUUAGAACAUCUAAGAACUCACACAGGAGAGAAGCCAUUUUCAUGUUCAAAAUGUGGGAAAUCUUUUAGUCAGAAAUCAAGUCUUUCUAGACAUGAGAGAGCUCACUCAGA